AUGCUUAACGAAUUGAACGAAGCAGGGAAGAGAAUAGGACUACGAAUAAACAGAAAGAAGACACAGUUCAUGAAGAAAGCCCACUGCGAGGACGGAGGAGUACAACUUGAAGGCUCCCAAAUCGUGGAAACUCCGUCAUACGUAUACCUCGGACGUUCUAUGAACAUGGAAAACGACUUGAAGGAAGAACUGAAUAGAAGAAUGAGAGCAGCAUGA